UUUACAGUUUAUACUUUAUAGCAGCUUGAGCAAAAAGAAACCCGAACUCCGUACCUAUUAAUUCCGCCUCUUUCCCAAUUUCUCGACACACACUCUCUCUCUCUCCUCCCAGACUUCUGAACUCGAUAAAGUCUAAAGAGAGAAUCUAAUCGAACUCAAACUCCUCAAGUUUCCUACGCUCGCAAUCUUUUCAAUUCGAUUCGAACCCUAAUUUUCUCUCUCCUAGGGUUUCACUCGCAAUCAUGGACCCUGAGCCGAGCAAUACUGGAGCCGGCAACCCUAGCGCCAAUCGCAAUGAAGCUUCAACCAAGGUUCCAUCGAAGGACCCCAAAAAGAAGGAUGACAAGAAGGAGGAAGAUCUCUCGGAGGAGGACUUGGCUUUGAAGCAGCAGUUGGAAUUAUACGUCGAGCGAGUUCAGGAUCCCGAUCCUGGGCUGCAAAGAGUAGCUCUAGAGAGUAUGAGGCAGGAGAUUCGAUCCGCGACAAGUUCUAUGACUUCUGUCCCAAAGCCUUUGAAGUUUCUCCGCCCACACUAUGGGACUUUGAAAGCAUUUUAUGAAACAAUGAGUGGUUCUGAAUUGAAGGAAUUUCUAGCUGAUAUACUAUCUGUUUUGGCAUUGACCAUGUCAGCAGAGGGUGAACGGGAGAGUUUGAAGUACAGGCUAUUGGGAUCUGAGGGUGAUAUUGGUUCAUGGGGUCAUGAAUAUGUGAGAAAUUUGGCUGGAGAGAUUGCACAAGAAUACACAAAGCGUCAGAAUGAGGAUGCCCCUAUUGAUGAUCUCAUGGAUCUUGUUCAACAAAUUAUUGCUUUUCACAUGAAGCACAAUGCUGAGCCUGAAGCAGUUGAUCUUCUCAUGGAGGUGGAAGAUCUUGAUUUGUUGCAAGAGCAUGUCGAUGAUAAAAAUUACAAAAGGACGUGUCUUUAUUUGACUGCUGCAGCCAAAUAUCUUGCUAGUCCUGAUGAUAUGCUGGUCCUUGAUAUUGCCCAUUCUAUAUAUAUGAAAUGUGAAGAGUAUCCCUCUGCACUCCAGGUUUCAUUAUUCCUGGACAACUUGCAGUAUGUUAAGCAGAUUUUCACAUCUUGUGAGGACCUCCUGCGGAAGAAGCAGUUUUGUUACAUCCUUGCACGACAUGGUGUCUUAUUUGAGCUCGAUGAUGACAUGGUUUCAGAUGAUGAUGAAAGGGAGCAAAUGCAAGAUAUAAUCAACAAUUCUAAGUUGAGUGAAGGUUAUUUGACCCUUGCUCGUGAUAUAGAGGUCAUGGAAGCCAAAUCACCUGAGGAUAUAUAUAAGGCUCAUUUACUUGAUGGCCGUGCUAGUGCUGGUGCAACUGUUGACUCUGCUAGACAAAAUCUGGCAGCUACAUUUGUGAAUGCUUUUGUAAAUGCUGGUUUUGGACAGGACAAACUGAUGACUGGCCCUGCUGAUUCCUCAACCGGGGGUUCUUCUGGGAAUUGGCUAUUUAAAAAUAAAGAACAUGGGAAAACUAGUGCUGCUGCGAGUUUGGGUAUGAUCUUGCUUUGGGAUGUUGAUUCUGGACUUGCACAACUAGACAAGUACUUCCACAGUACUGACAAUCACGUUAUUGCGGGUGCAUUACUUGGUGUUGGAAUUGUGAACUGUGGUGUAAAGAAUGAUUGUGAUCCAGCUCUGGCGCUUUUGGGGGAUUAUGUUGAUAAAGAAGACCCAGCUAUUCGGAUUGGUGCCAUCAUGGGUUUGGGCAUUACAUAUGCAAACACUCAGAAUGAACAGAUACGCAACAAGUUGACUCCAAUUCUUGGGGACACAAAGGCUUCUCUUGAUGUUAUCGCCUUCACUGCAAUUUCACUUGGUUUGGUUUUUGUUGGUUCCUGUAAUGAAGAGGUUGCACAGGCAAUUAUAUUUGCAUUAAUGGAUAGGAGUGAGUCUGAUUUAGGGGAGCCACUUGCGAGGCUUCUACCUUUGGGCCUUGGUCUUUUGUAUUUAGGGAAGCAGGAAAGUGUGGAAGCAACAGCAGAGGUCUCUAAGACUUUCAAUGAAAAGAUCAGGAAACAUUGUGAUAUGACUCUUCUUUCUUGUGCCUAUGCUGGAACUGGAAAUGUUCUUAAGGUCCAGAGUCUGCUAGGUCACUGCGCACAACAUCUUGACAAAGGUGAAACGCACCAGGGACCAGCUGUUCUGGGAAUUGCCAUGGUAGCUAUGGCAGAAGAAUUGGGUGUUGAGAUGGCAAUUCGUUCACUAGAGCAUCUGCUGCAGUAUGGAGAGCAGAAUAUCCGUCGUGCAGUUCCAUUGGCACUUGGUCUCUUAUGCAUAUCGAACCCUAAAGUAAAUGUUAUGGAUACCUUAAGUAGACUGAGCCAUGAUUCUGACUCAGAUGUAGCUAUGGCUGCCAUUAUUUCGUUGGGAUUGAUAGGUGCUGGUACCAAUAAUGCCCGAAUUGCUGGGAUGCUAAGAAGUUUGUCCAGCUAUUACUACAAGGAUGCCAGUGCUCUCUUCUGUGUUCGGAUUGCUCAAGGUCUUGUACAUAUGGGGAAAGGUCUUUUGACCCUCAACCCAUAUCAUUCUGACCACUUCUUGUUAUCCCCGAUGGCACUUGCUGGUUUAGUAGUAACGCUUCAUGCAUGUCUGGAUAUGAAGGCCAUCAUCUUGGGAAAAUAUCAUUAUAUGCUUUACUUUCUUGUCCUUGCGAUGCAGCCAAGAAUGUUAUUGACUGUUGAUGAAAACCUUAAGCCCCUUUCAGUACCUGUCCGGGUUGGUCAAGCAGUUGAUGUUGUUGGCCAGGCGGGUCGGCCCAAGACCAUUACUGGCUUCCAAACUCAUUCAACCCCAGUUCUUCUUUCUGCUGGUGACAGGGCAGAACUUGCCACGGAGAAGUAUAUUCCUUUAUCAUCCAUACUCGAAGGCUUUGUCAUCUUGAAGGAAAACCCAGAAUACAGAGAGGAGCAUUAACUUGUCAGGCCAGCAAAGUCAUGAGUAAUCAGUCUAUUCACGAUUAAGCUUUGCCUCGGAGAGGUGGGGUUUAGUUUAGUUGUAGAGGCUGGAAGAUUUUCUUUGGAGGUGAAAAUGGGCGUCAAGCUGCUACUGGUGCCCUUGAACUGCUGACGAGGCUGUUACUAUGUGAUUGUCCAGCCAGAAAUUCAGUAGCUAAGACUUAGCAUAGCUGCUGAUGAGGAUCAAUUGAUGUAAUGUUGUGACAUGCCUUGGAACGUUUUUUGUAGAAGAAAUUAGAAGUAGAUAGUCUUUAAUUAUGAAAUGAAAUAUAUUGUGUUUUUUCGCGUUCCAUAUGCUUGUUUUAUGCUCUUUUGAUAUUUCCCUUUAAAACAUAAAAGGGUGUGGCUAGUCUAUUGAGAUGUCUUUACUUUUUUAGGAUAAUCAAUCCAUCCAUUUGUUUUACCAUUGCA